AUGGCGUAUUCAGCAGGCAGCGGAGACCUCACCCUUUCUCCAGAGUCGAAGGCGAGCUUGUUGCCUCGUAAUAGACACACUCUUUCGCAGUCAGACAGAGUACAAAGUUUUACAAGUAUAUCGACAGAGUCACCGUACACUGCUGGAGCAGGUUCGAGGUUGGCUACAAUAUCAGACCGUUUUCAUUUAUCACCGGAUCCUCGUGAAUGGGGCUUGAAUUUAUAUAAUGAUUGCAAGGAACCCGACGAUGACCUUCACAAUCCCAAUGUCAGGGAUCACAACACUUGGGGUCCUGAUCGCGGUCUAGCAAAUAUCGGUUGCCUGCUGGUUCUGGGCAUCGGGUUAAUCACGCUUUUCGCUGGAUAUCCAAUAAUAACUUAUUUCACGGGGACUGCGCUAUCGAAUCAAGGCGGCUUCAACCUAGGAGGAAUAAAUGCAAGUGGACAAAUACCACAAAUUCCUGGAAAUUUGGGCCUAAUCGACACAGAAACCCCUAGUAACGUGUUUACCAAGUCCUCCUGGAAUGGUGGGCCGGACUUGCACCUCGUCUUCUCUGACGAGUUCAAUACUCCAGGAAGAACAUUCUGGCCAGGCGAUGAUCCAUACUGGGAGGCAGCUAAUCUACAUUACUGGCAAACGAACAACCUGGAGUGGUAUGAUCCCGAGGCGGUCACCACACAAGAUGGCUACCUUGUAAUAACAUUGUCUCAAAAGGAAACGCAUAACCUAAACUAUCAGGGCGGUGAGAAUAAAUUCUGUUUCACCGGUGGAUACAUCGAAGCGUCCGUCUCAUUGCCUGGUGUGAACAACAUAGUUGGAUUAUGGCCCGCUAUCUGGACACUAGGAAAUCUUGGUCGAGCCGGCUAUGGCGCAAGCUUGGAAGGAAUGUGGCCAUAUACCUACGACGCCUGUGACGUCGGUACUGCACCAAAUCAAACCUUGAACGGCCUUCCGCUCGCGGCUACUCAAGGCGGAGACCCAACCGAAGGCGGGGUCCUGUCUUUCCUCCCUGGACAGCGGCUCUCGCGGUGCACUUGCAAAGGCGAGUCUCACCCAGGUCCUAUGCAUUCAGAUGGGACAUUUGUCGGGCGCGCCGCUCCUGAGAUCGACAUGUUCGAGGCACAGAUCACGGGUGACCCUCUUACAGGUCAGGUUUCCCAGUCAGCACAAUGGGCUCCUUUCAACGCUGGUUACAUCUGGCUAAACACAAGCAGUAACGAAAUAAUACCAAACCCGUCGGCCACAGUUCUAAAUACCUACAUUGGUGGAGUGGAGCAGCAGGCUACCUCCGGCGUGACAACCACGAAUCAAGGUUGCUAUGAGGGUGAGACAGGGUGCUUUUCGGUAUAUGGUUUCGAGUAUGUUCCUGGCUUUGAAAACGCGUACAUAACAUGGAUAGCCAACAAUGAAGUUGCAUGGACCCUGAACGUUGCUGGCAUGGGACCGGAUCCUAAUGUCAACAUCUCCGCUCGGCCCAUACCGCAGGAGCCAAUGUACAUCAUCAUGAAUUUGGGAAUGUCUACUAAUUUCGGUACUGUCGACUUGGCUCACCUGCCCUUCCCUGUGCACAUGCGUGUGGACUACAUCCGUGUAUACCAACCAUCAAACGCACGAAAUAUUGGGUGUGACCCGAAAGACUUCCCAACAGCAGAUUAUAUUAACACGUACAUUGAGGCAUAUACCAAUCCAAACCUUACCACUUGGAGGAACGACUAUAAUCAACCUUUCCCCAAGAACUCAUUCUUAGACCAGUGCUAGUUUUUUUGCCUGUCAUUGUCGACCUAUCAUCACGUCUGCGACGUUGCUUCUCUUUAUCCCUUUGCUGUAUCGGUACAACUGCAUCUGACUUUAACGCAUUCCCCUUUCCCAUCCUCAUAGUCACCCAUGGCUUGUUUGCAUGUCGCUUUUCGCCCACCGUCCUCCAUGCAUGUGGCCUACUUGGAAGUUGGCCCCAUGACUAUUUUUGCUCAUCUAUUUGUCUUACAAUC